AACAGAAAUUGAACUUGUCAGCCCUUCUGUUUCAGGAGAAGAUCAGUCAUCAGAAUCUGGGUCAGCAGAAGCCGGUGCCAUAAAACUUGAAGCAUCGUCACUGCAUCCACUGAGCACAGAUGUAAAUGAUAAUUUCGAGGAUUUAAAAGAACGAAUAUCUAAGAAAACUCUGGAUUUAAUCAGACGGCUUCACACGCAGUACUUGAAUACGGCAAACCUCAGAAAAGGACGGACAUUUCCAAGCUCAGGAGAAAAUAGCUUGAACAAGGAGGAAAUUGUUCAUAUAGCAAAAAAUGAUUAUGUGUUUGCAGUAUGCUUAGCUGACACCGUUCAACCACCCCCGCAACACACCGAUCCGAUGGAAUAUAGAAAUUUUCAAAACCCUUUAGAAAUUAAUUCUGGUAGUUUUACACAUGAGAUUUGGACACUUGUAGUUUCCAGUGGCUUUCUUUAUUUGAAAGCAAAUUCUUAAGG